AUGAAGUUGAUGAACAAACUUCCACUGCUUGUUCUCGUCACCUUACUUCGUCCGGCAAAAACUUCCCAGUCACUCAGGGGCGAUGAACACCUGGAUAAAAUGCUAAAUCCUUCUCGGGAUCGAGAUUUACCUCCUCUCAUUCCGACCAAAACCAUUCCGUGGACUCCAGCCGCAACUGACUUGGUCACGCCAAAAAGCUCCUGGUCGGCGGUUCAGCAAGGCUCACUUGUGCCCACCGCUUUACCAACUUUAACACACCGUGAAGAUCAAUGUCACAUAUCCGAUAACUUGUUGGAGCCCGAUGCAACAAAAAAUUGUGCGGGAAAAUAUCACAAUCCCAUCGCAGCGACCAUUAGUGGACCGUGGGGUCUCCUCCCGACGCCAAAGGCAUUUAUUCGAAGAGAGGAGACAGUAUUAAAAGCCGGCUCAUCUACCUACCGACCAGUAGGGCCUAACAUAUACUGGCUGGGUCUGGAUGAGAACGAAGGAAGACGCAUUUCUUACCCUUCAAGAAAACGCGUGCGCGAAGCGUUUGCAAUUGCAGCUGCUAUGGGAGCUAAUACAGUGCGGUCGAUUUCACUCGGAGUCAGUGUGGGCCAUCCCCUUAGUGUUUGGCCGGUAAAAGGGGAAACGAAUGAAGAUGCAUUUCAAUCCAUUGACUAUGCCAUUGGUACGGCUCGACAGUACGGGAUAAGGUUAAUCAUUCCCCUGACAGACAAUUAUCGUUUUUACCACGGAGGGAAAUAUACCUUCCUGAAAUGGGAAGGAAUUAACACAACCGAUGCAGAUGCAGAAAGCAACUUUUACCGCAACGAAGACGUGAUUGAAUCUUUCAAAGAUUACAUCGAGGUUAUCCUUACGCAUGUCAAUCAGUACACUGGUAUCGCAUAUAGAGAUGACCCGACGAUUCUUGCCUGGGAAACAGGGAACGAACUCGGUGCGUUUGAUCUCGAAGAAGGGGCCCCACCUGCGUCUUGGACAAAUGAAAUUGCACGGCAUAUUAAAAGCCUCGAUUCCCACCACCUCGUCGUCGAUGGGUCUGACGGUGUUUUUGAUAGUGAUGAUGAUGAUAUUGAAGGUCUAGACGUUGAUGCAAUUGACAUCAUUUCAGACCAUCUUUACCCCCCCAGCAAUUUCACAUUUUGGAAAGAUCAUGGUUUGGCAAUGUCAGCCAACAAGGUUCUUCUGAUUGGAGAAUACGACUGGACGGGCUCUAACGGGGGUUUGACACUCAGCACAUUCUUCAAUCAAGUGAUCAAAACCAAUAACGUUGGAGAUAUUGCUUGGAAUGUUAUGAGCCACGAUGAUCAGUGUUGCAAAUACAUCACCCAUGAUGAUGGUUAUAGUAUUUACUACCCUAAUGGAAACGCAAGUAUCCUGCAGAAGAGACUGUUACGACUUGUGCAACACUGGUACCACCUCACCGGAAGGAACUCGCCUCACGUUUUGCCAGCGGUAACUUGCCCCCAGCCAGAGUGGUUAAGACAACCUUGA